AUGUCGUUUGACGAUUUUAUGGACUCUCAAAAGGUGGUCUACGAACUAAAGCCUGCCGCGCGUGUGGCGUUCCCGGAUCUCCCGCUAGUAUACUACCAGGAGGGCGUACCCACAGAGUCCGCAUUGCCCUUUGUUCGCCUGUUGAAGGGUAACGAGCCUACGGAGAACGUGUAUCGUCGAUACGAGCUGUUUGUCAACAAUUGGGCCAAGCAGCACGAUCAGAUUCUCCAGAUUCUCCAGAAACACGAAAAGAAUAUGUUUGUGGACCUGCAGCGGUAUCUUUCUUCGGAUGAGAGUAGCACAGUGUUCAAGGACCAGCCUAUAAAUCUUAGCACCGCCCUCCUAAACCUCGGACCAAAUAUCUCCAACCACUCGCUGUUGCUUCAAAAUGUAUGGCAGAACCUGGUGGACGAAAGCCCAGACGCCAUCGUGGUCCGUUUGAGCAGCAAGGUGUGCAGCACCGUCAGCUUCACCAUGAAGAUCCUAGCUACAGAUAUCUCGCGUGGGCUCAAGACAGACCUCGGCCGCGCAGCUUCGGUGCCAGUGUCUGAUUCGGAUGACGAGAUGAACAGUGAACCAGAGGAUGACGAGGGUCAGACACGGACUAUUGAGAUGGACAGUCUGAUGGAGAAGGUGUUUUCCAAGGACAAGCGGCUGAUAGUGAUGAUUGAGGACGCCGACUCGUUUCCUACUUCGAUCCUCACGCCCCUAAUUAAGGUUCUAUGGAACUAUAACAACCAAUACAGAUCCAGGAUCAGACUGGUGAUCGGAAUGUCCACUCCGUUCGAAAUAUUUCACGAGAAGCUACCAAAACUAACGGUCAAGUAUAUGCGCCCCAAAUAUUUCCAGAUUGACAACACGGGCCAGGCAGUGAACGAGAUCAUGGAAAACGUGCUUCUCAACAUCAACGACACGUACGACUCGCUGAUUCUCGAGCCGCGGCUCGUGCUCAAAUUCCUGGAGCUCAAGUUGAAAAUCUCCAUCUCGCAGUUUGUCAACAGCAUGAAGGUCAUUUACAUGAGCCACUAUUACAGCCAGCCGCUUAGCGUGAUGUGGACCAACGAUUUUUCCAAAAUACAGCUUAACUCGCACGUAUUUGAUGUGUUUAAGCGACUCCCGUCUGUUCGCAGGUACGAACAGAGUUUGCACGCCAAAAAGGCUGCAACUUUGCACAAACUUCUUGUGUCGGAUGAUGAGGCCGCGCUGGGCGAUCUGCUGCGUCAGAGCCUGAAUAAGCUCAUUCAUUGGCGCUACCGAAUGAAGACUCUGGUGGAUCUGCUGAAUUUUAUGCAGGAAUACUUUUUAGAAACAUCCAUCUGGACCGACAACUUGGACCUUUUCCGACUCAUCUUUGAGAAUGUCAGUUACGAGGAGGAACACAGCAACUUUGAGAACUUUAAAUUUCUGCAUCAUCUCUGGAGUAAAAUUCGCUCCUCCUCAUUGCACGAUGUAAACAGCUUCAUCAAAACGGUGCGCGAAGAUGCCGACUUCGGGCCACUCUUCGAAAACGACGAUCUCAGGGAACUGUCCGCCGCGUCGCAGACCAAACAGUUUGUGGCCGCACUGAACAGAGCGCUCUUGCGCUGCCUGGAAGAGUUGAAUCUUAACAACAUUCCGUUCAGAGAGAUCUGCUGCGUCGACCUCUCUGCGCUGGAUCUUCUCACCAACACGUUCAAUCCCCAAGUGCGCGCAACGUGUAUCGAGUCUUUGCUCAACUCCAAAAAUUACCUGCUGAAUACGGUGCAUUCCGAUCCGAGCCAGCUGGACCGGGAAAGUUUCGACAUGAAACUUUACAAGUGCCUUGAACCGUCCGUGAUCGAAUUGUAUAGAUUAAGCCGAGAGGCAGGGGUCAUCACCAACGUCUACGACUUCUACCAGGUGUUCAAGAGCUCGCUGCCGCGCGAGGAGCUCGAAAAUACCCUGAGAGAGAAGUCUCCUCAAACACAGCUGCCCGCAGAAAUAGACGACCUGACUUGGGAUAAGAUGACUCUGAGCUGGUUUCUCAAGAGCCUCGCGGAAUUGCAGACUCUUGGAAUCGUCCGCGAAGUUAAAAACAAAAGCGAAACGCUAGAGAAAAUCAUCUGGAAAGACUUGUGAGCCUCUUGAAAUAGAGCGAAGUUCUCUGUAUCGGCUGAGAGUGGUACGGCUCGCAUGCCACCUCGUCAAAUAGAUCAUCGUAAUCGGAAUCCAAGUAGCUCAUUUUCUCGCUGUUGUCGCCGCGACACGAGAAUUCCGUCCCUAUAAUUACGUAGCCCCGUCGCUCGACAACACGGGUCUCUGCGCGCUCCUCCUUGCCCGUUUGCUUCGUGAUCUCCUCCAAAGUCUCUCUGUCCCUGAACGCGCUGCUCUUUUUGAGUUUGUUAGCCUGGUUUACCGUGUCCUCGAUGGAUAAUGCCUGAAGUGCUAUUUUAUAGUCGUCAAAUGCCGAAUCUAGUAGCGUGGUGGCGUCAUUCGUGUCGCCUUCCAAAUGCUCCAGAACCGUGCUAGAGUCGACCGUCGUGUUGGCAUCUUCCGACUGCGACGUGUCGCUAUCGUCCUCGUCUAUCGUGUUGCGAUUAAUGCGUUCCAAUCCUAUGUUUUCCUUGUUCUCUGUGGCCCGUUUGUCUUCCAACCUGUAGAUCCGGCUCAACGCAUUGAAGUCGUCCAUGUCCACCACCAUCGAAUGCCGCUUGUUGCGGGUCCCCGCCUGAGACGGCUGUCUGCGUCGUUGGAUCAUGGUCUCCUCCUCUGACUCCUUCAGCUUGUUGAUCCCUCUGAUGGAACCCCACAGAGAACGUCUGGCAGCAGAGUUUCUUGUCAUGGCUGUGUGUAUU